AUCCAAAAUUCCAAAUAUAAAAAGGAGCCCAAAGUUAACUGGAAUACUAAUAGAAUUCCAAAUUACAUAAGGAGAUCUCUUAUUACUCAAAAAAUACGAAACUUUAAAUAGCGGUUGACCCAAGUCUUCUUUUUAUCUUGAUUUUUACUCUCUGAAGAGCAUGGAAAUCGAUAGAAUAAGUUGUCUCCACGACUCAAUUUUAUACAAAAUCUUCUCUUUUCUUCCCGCAAAAGAUGUUCUUCAAACAACCCUUCUCUCAAAGAGUUUGCAAGACUUAUGGAAACCACUUCCUCAUCUUGACUUUGAUGAAUCCGAUUUUACUAAUGAGAAAAGCUUUACCAACUUCGUGGAUAAAUUUCUGCUCCACCGUGGCAAUUCAAUCAGUAUAAUUAGACUUCGACUUCUAUGCGGAUUUGCGUGCAGAAGUUGUGAUUUGGAGACCUGGAUUAGUGCUGCAUUUACGGCAAGAGUUCAUGAGCUUCAACUCUGCUCUAAAUACAAAGCCAUCGGUGAUGGCUUACCCUCUUCUUUAUUCAAUUGCAAGUCUUUGGUAACACUCAGACUGAACAUCGGAUAUGUCGUUCGCUUUCCUGAUAACUUUUGUUUCCCAAAUAUGAAGAUCAUUGAUUUCUGUGAUGUGCACUUUGGCAAGAACUUCAGUGAUCAACUGCUCAACAGCAAAAAUCUUGAAGAAAUAUACUUCAUGCAUUGUAGAAUCGACAUUGAUAAUUCUUCUUCUCCAAGUUCACUUACUGUUCGAGAAGAUGUAGUUGCAGAUGAUUCUCAUUGUUCAGGGACUUUUCCCAAUUUAAAUAAAGCAACUAUCGUGUUAGGAAAACAUCCCGGCAAAGAGGAGGAAACUGGUUUCUGCGCUAGUAAAUUCAUCAAAACGCUUUCUAAUGCCAAUGUUCUGUACCUAUCAAACGCAUGUAUUCAGCUUUUGCAAUAUUGCGGAGGAAAUUUACUGGAUUAUUUGCCAACUUUUUGCAAUCUCAAGCGUUUGCAGCUUACUGUUAGUAUUAAGGAUGGUGAUAUAGGGGUGUUGAGUUGUCUGCUGGAUCGCUCUCCUAUUCUCGAAUCCCUUGGGAUAAGAUUUUUCAAUUACAAAUUCAGAAGUUUAGUUUCAAGAUGUAACAGAGAACUGAAGCGAGGAGAGUAUGCUCGACAUUUGGAAUGCAUUAGAAUGGAACAUUUUCGUGGAAGCAAGAACCAGGUUGAGCUGGUGAGAUUCUUCUUAGCAAAUGCUCAAGUGUUGAAGAAGAUGAGUCUUUAUUCGGAUAGAGAAUUUCCAUUGUCGCUGGACUUAUUUGAGUUUCCAAGACUGUCAACAAGUUGUGAAACCUGUUGGAUUAUUAGACUUUAUGCUCGAGGGGCAUAUUCACGAGGAGCAAUGCUACACUUACAUAACUCUUUACACAAUUUUCAUUACUCAUGA